GAGAGAUUUUGUAAUCAUCCAUCAUCCCAACAUGGCAUCAUCAUCCAUUUUCAUCCCUCCGAUUCUCUCCCGCCGUAACCUCCUCCUCUCCACCACCAUCACCACCGUAUCUCCACCACCACCACCGCAACAACCACAACCUAAACCACCUUCCCCCGACAUCACAAUCACCGAUCGCGUCUUCCUCGACUUCUCCCUCUGUCCCACCUACUUCCGCUCAGAUCCCUCCGCCACACUCUCCUCCACCACUCCUUGCUCCGAUUCAACUCCUCUCGGCCGCGUCGUUCUCGGAUUAUACGGCCGUCACGUCCCUAAUACCGUCUCCACUUUCAAACGUAUGUGUACCUCUUCUUCUACAUCUUACAAAAACACUCCUGUUCACAAAAUCUUCCCUGGUCAGUACUUUCUCGCCGGAAGACAAGGCGGAGGACGGCGAGAUACGGCUGAGGUUGGGUUUUUACUUAGAGAUCUCCCUCGGAACACUGACGUUGUUAAUUCUAAGUCUUUUUUGCUCCCACAUAGUCGUGCUGGUGUUGUCUCUCUUUGUUUAUCUGAGAAUGAUGAUGAUGAUGAAACUAGACUCGAUCCUGAUUAUAGAAAUGUUGAAUUCUUAAUCACUACUGGUCCUGGACCGUCUCCGCAGCUCGACGGUGGUAACAUUGUAUUCGGAACUGUGCUUGAAGGGUUAGAUGUGGUGACGAGUAUAUCUUCGAUUCCGACGUAUAAGCCUUCGGAGAAUAUUAAACAGUUUAACGAUUUUGCGGAGUUUCUUGGAGACGAGAGAGCUCAAAACGCAAGAUCGUUGUGGAAUAGACCUCUUAAGACGGUUUACAUUAGUGGCUGUGGAGAGCUUAAGUUUGAGUAAAUCCUGUUUGGGGUUUGGAUUUUCAAGCCAACAUAUUCAAUGGUUCAGUUCAAUGAGGAUAGGAGAAACCGAUUCAGGUGUUUGUUUAGUGAGUGAAGGAUAAGUGUGUGAAGGAGGAGACAUGAGAGUAUGAAACAGAAGUGUUAGAGCUCCAAAAUCAAACCAUUAUAAACUACUAAAGUCAGAUGAAGUAGAAUCCAUAGUAUUUGUGAGACAAACAGAAUCGAAACUGGUUGCUAUGAGGGCAACAAUGUUCCGUGGGGGUUGCAGAGCUUACAUAGUCUACUAGCAGAUUGUGAAUGUAUUGCUAAGCCGUGUGUGUAGGUUAGCCACAAGAUUGCAGGCUACUAGCAGAUUGUAAAUGUAUUGCUAAGCCGUGGUAAGUGUAGGCUAGCCACAAGAUUGCAGGGAAGACACACAAGAUUGUUCGGUUACACUUUUGUCGAUCGAUCACUGUUGGAUUAAAUUGUUUCGGC